AUGUCUGAGAAAUCAACUACAUCCACAUUUGACUCACCAAAAUCAAUAACAUUCAAUGCAAAAUAUAUUUCAUAUAGUCAUACAUUUUUUGCAAGUCUAUCUUUUUUAGCAGCAUUGGCAGUUGGUUCAUUUUUACAUUAUUAUAAAAUAGUUGAAAAUGCAUCUUUUGGUUAUCCUGAUGAAUGGUUUCCAAGUGUUUCUGCAACUAUAGGAGAUCGAUAUCCUGAAAGAUCAGUAUUUCAAAUAAUAAUUGCAAUGACAGCAGGUCCAAGAUUUUUAUUAAUUGCUUUUAAUUUUAUAAGUUUAUUUAAAAAAAAUUCUUAUUUACCUUAUAUUGCUUUAAUAUCUGGUAUAUUAAGAACUUUUUGUGCUGGUGGAUGGAUGUAUAUAACUUCAACUGAUGAUCAUGAUGCUCAUGAUGUUUUUAUGAUUGGAUAUAUUUUUUUAACAAUACCAUGGGAUAUGUGUAAUAUUUUAUUAUCACCUAAAGAUUCAUUUCAAAGAAAAGCUCGUUUUUAUUCAUGUUUUACAUUUUUUGGUAGUUUAAUUCCAUUAAUUUAUUGGUUUAUUCAACAUAAAGUUCAUGUAAGACCAGGUGCUUAUUCUAUUUAUGCAUAUUUUGAAUGGGGAUUAAUUGCAUUAGAUAUUUUAUUUGAUUCUUGGUCAUAUAUUGAUUUUGAAAAAUUUGAAAUUUCAAUAACAGGAGAAGGUAUUAAAUUAAUUACUGGGCAAAAAAAAAAGACCGUUCAAAAGAUAUUGACAAAAUCUGUUGAUUCUGAGACUGCUGUUAUAAAUGAAUUUAAUAAUUUUGAAGUUUUUUUUAAUUUAAUAAAUUCAUAUAUAUAUUGGACAGUAGUUACAUCUUUAUUUUUAUGUGUUUGGUAUUUUCCCUUAUGGCAUAUGGGAAUUUCUGGAUAUGAAGCAGUCAUUGUAUCAAUGUUUCUAGCUCCACUUUUAUUGAUUAUUCCAUCUAUUAGAUAUUACCUUGCUCAAAAUCCACAAUUAACAAGAUCUUUAACAGUAAUAUUAGGAAUUGGUGCUUAUAAAGUUGAAGAUCCUGAACAAAGAUUAUUAUCAAUUACUGCUGGUACUGUUUUUGGUGUUAUAUCUGUUGUUAAUGAAUUUUGGGCUUUAAAUGGUCAACACAAGAAAAUAAAUUCAUAUAUUACAACUUUUACAUUAGGUUUAUUAGCCACAUCAGUUUUUAAAUUUCUUUCUUAUUCAAAUAAUCCAAUUUGGCCAAUUAUGCAUAAAGAAAAUGGUGGAUAUAAUGCAAUUGGGAUAUUUCUAGGUUUAUUGGCUUCAUUUUUCACACCAGUUUCCAUCAUUGGUAAAUCAAUUCCUCAAUCAAAAACUUCUGGAUCAUUUUUAUUAGGUUCAAUUGGAUUUGGUGGAUAUUAUUUUGCAUUACAAUCAUUUUUAUCAGAUUCAGGAACUUUAACAUUGUUUACAUGGGAAGGUUAUCCAAUCAAAGGGCCAACACCAAUAACUGGAGCUUUCCCACAUCUUCUCAUUUUUGCAAUUGCUAUUUUGGUAACAUUAAAUUCUCAUCCAAAUAGAUUUAGUAGUUGGAGUUAUAAUUUGAUAAUUGGAGGUGGAAGUACAAUAGCUACUUAUUUAUUUAAAAAUUGGUUAGGUUAUAUUGCUACAUUAAUUUAUGUAUUUUAUUUAGUAUCAAUUGGUCCAAUAAUUUGGCAAUCUAUUAGUGGAUAUAAUCCAGCUGGUGCUUUUUUUAUUGGAUAUUUUGUAAAUAUAGUCAUUUCCUUAGCUAGUGUUUGGAUUGUUGCAUAUGCAUUUGUACCUGGUGGUCCAUUAUUAAGAGAAAGAACAGAUAUAAUAUUGGCAGCAGCAUUAUUACUGAUUUAUGCUGGUAUUACAAAUUAUAAAUUAAGAAUUAAUGAAAUUACCAAGAUCAAUUUUUAUAGUAAAAAAACUUAUAAACAAAUAUCAACUAUUAUAACUAUAUUACUUGCAUUAUCAUUAGCAACAACAAUUAAAAGAUAUCCAUCAUCAACUCCAAAACCAUAUAAUGAAGAUUCAAAAACAUUUACAACGGGAAUAUGGUGUGUUCAUUUUGGUUUAGAUAAUGAUAUGUGGUCAUCAGAAACAAGAAUGUUAAAUCUUAUAAAAGAAGCAGAAGUUGAUAUAAUAGGAUUAUUAGAAACUGAUACUCAAAGAUUAAUUGGUGGAGAUCGAGAUUUUACUCAAAAAAUAGCUGAAGAAUUAGGAAUGUAUGUUGAUUAUGGUCCUGGACCAAAUAAACAUACAUGGGGUGCAGCAUUAUUAUCAAAAUUUCCAAUAAUUCAAUCAACUCAUCAUUUAUUACCAUCACCAGUUGGAGAAUUAGCACCUGCAAUUCAUGCUACAUUAGAAAUAUAUGGAGAAAUGGUUGAUAUAAUGGUUUUCCAUUCAGGACAAGAAGAAGAUAUUGAAGAUCGUAGAUUACAAAGUUUAGGAAUUGAAGAAAUUAUGUCAAACUCCAAAAAUCCAAUGGUAUUAAUUGGAUAUUUAGUAACUGAUCCAUUACAAGGAAAUUAUAAUAAUUAUGUAUCUGAAAAAUCAAGAAUGUUAGAUAUUGAUUCAAGUGAUUGGGAUCGUUGGUGUGAAUAUAUUUUAUAUAGAGAUUUAAAAAAAAUUGCAUAUGCAAGAAUUUCAAGAAGUACAAUAACUGAUACAGAAUUACAAAUUGCAAAAUUUAAAAUUUUUGAAGAAGAUGAUUUAAGGAGUCAAGAUUAUACAAUUGUUAGUGAAGAUGAAAUUGAAGAAAAUUUAAGAAUGCCAGAACUAUUUAAAGGUGAUGGAGUUAGAGGUCAUAGAUAUCAUGUUUUUGAUGAACCUAGAUAUUUUUCUCAAAAUAUAUGA